GGGAUGUGAAAAGUCCACUGACAGCGGAAAAUGCUCCAAUCUGGGUUGAGGGGUUUAUUACAUUUUUUGCCAAAGAAGUUUCCCUUGAUUGGGGCAACCCUGGUUUAAGCCCCAGCAUGUGCACUGGAUUGAGCUGAGGCAGAAGAGUAGAGAGGAGCAUGUGACUGUCUUCGUAGUCCCAUCUUUAUUACGGCAUAACCUCUGAUCUCGUGGUUAGAGGAGCUGGCAUCUCUGCCUCCAGGACUCUGAAAGAAAUGCGAGUUGUGCGCCUGUUGAUGGGUGUCCUGCUCUCAUUCUAGAAAGAGGCUGUGCAUACCUCCACAAAAUAGGUGUUUCUGCCACAGACACACCCGAGUCUUUCACCAAACGGAGGGCACUCCCUCUCUCUUUCCUUGUUGAACUGGUACCAUGGAAACGGCAUAGUUCUCCUCUUAGCAGGCAGCCUGACACGCUCAGAAGAGUGGUGCUUUUCGGCUGCAGAAGCCCCCCAGGUGCCCCUCUGCCAGGGGGCUUUCUCAGAUAAGCAGCCUGGGGUCUGCAGCCCAGGAGAGAUGGUCUCGGCGACUGUGGCAGUGGCACCCCUUGCCAAGAAUGUGGUGGUCUUUCGCAACGGGGACCCCUUUUUCCUCGGCCGGAAAUUUGUGGUGAACCAGCGCCGGUUCCUGACCUUCGACGCCUUUUUGAAUGAAGUGACCAGCACCAUCCAAGCCCCCGUGGCCGUUAGGAGCAUCUACACGCCCCGAGGGGGUCAUCGCGUCACGGAGCUGAGUGAACUGCAGAACGGCUGCCGAUACGUGGCUGCAGGUUUUGAGCGGUUCAAAAGGCUUGAUUAUCCAAAUGCUGGGAUGAAGCAGCUGAACAAGCACCAGAAAAAAAAUGGAGCCCAGAAUUAUCCAGGUAUGCCUCAGAAGGUGAUGGUUACGGCAGGAUGGAAGCGGCAGACGAACCUUCCUUGUGUUAUCCAUGUUUUCCGCAACGGAGACUUGCUGAGCCCCCCCUUCCGAAUGGUGCUGGCCAGGGGCGCCCUGCAGGAAUGGGGCACCGUCCUUGGCCGCUUGUCAGAAAAGGCCAACCUGCGCUCGGGAGCGGUGAAAAAGCUCUGCAAGCUGAACGGUGACCUCAUCUCCCAGGGCGAGGAGCUGGUGAACGGCGAAUAUUAUGUGGCUGUGGGGCCGGAGAAGUACAAAGAUUUGCCUUACUUCGAACUACUGGUGCCUCCCAAAAUCCCUCUCCGUCCCUUUUGGAACUUCUCUACUAACAGAAGAAGGAACUACAAUCGGGGGGUGGCCUCUGAAGACAGAGCCAGCGACUCGGCACUCCUUGAGCCAGUGCAACAGAUGAAACUUUGGCGGGUCCAUUCCACAGGGAUUGUGCCUGCAGGAGACCCUCCCCGUCCCUCCGAGUCCAAGCCAGCCAAGAAAUACCCUCACCAAGACAAAGUGACAUCCGUCUUCCACGCCAAGCCAGGCCAGGUUGGACAAGAGCGCCAGGUCCCUGGCAACUAUUUCACCCGAGAUGAAAGCGUUUAUAAAAGGAGAGGGGCAAGGCAGGAGAUGGUGGAUGCGCAGGAAAUAGGAGAAGACGAAGACACGCAGGUUGAAUUGCCGGUGGACCAGAAAACUGCAGAGAUUGUGGAAGAGGAAGUUAUAUCAAAGACCAAAGGAGGGCCAUCCAAGAAGUGCUUAUAAGUGAGACAGAAGCUUACUUUGCAGCCAACAAGAAGCUCUCCUGGAUCGGAGAAAUGACUCAAAUGAAACAAGCCCAGCAAGGUUUGCCGGAGGGAACGUUUUGAACCAAGCGUAUGGUAGUUUUGUGCAAUUUUUGUCUACAGAAUUUGUUCUUGCAAUAAAUGUAGAAUCUCUCUGAUUUGAAA